CCUGACCACACACAUGAUUAACAGAUCUGAGUCCACGUCAUCGAUUAAUCAAAAAUGACGCCUUGAUGCAUGUGCAUGGCCACAUGCACAGAUACGUACACACGAAAUACAGCCAGGCAGGCCAUCUGUCGUUUGGACGGCGGACACACAACGGACGGGUACUUACGCAGGCAUCAUAUCAGCCACCCAACCACAACCAUGCUCUCUCUGCCGUCUGGGUACUAUGUCACUCGCACCUGAACGCCAGCAGCCCCACCGCGACCCACGGCCUGACAUGGCUGUCGGUCAGGGGGAGGCCGUCGACGGCGAUGCACCCAGUGACACCAGCACAGGAAGACAGACAGCACUGACGGGCCAAGGCCGGCGAAAAUCAUACGAUCCAUUAGGUGCGAUGAGCGCAUUGCCGCGCUACACAUUAAGGUGGGUAGAAUAGACAAGAAUGAAUCUGUGGAAAGAAAGUAAGAACACAUCGGUCUCGCGCUCGCUUGACAAACCAUUGACUGACAGCGAUCAACAGACUGCCUGCCUGCCUGCCUGUUCUCUUGCUGUUUGCACGUAGCUAUGUUACAGCCACCCAACACACACACACACACACCAACCUGUGUCUGUCUGUCUAUGUAUCUGGCUACUCCCCCUUGCUGCUCCUGUCCCUGUCUUUGGUACUUGCGAGGUACUUCUUCCUCUGUGUGAGCAUGUGCGAGAACAGAAUGACCGUGCCCGGCACAUAGGUCAGCAGCAUCGCCACAUAGGCCAGCCACAGGUCGAUGGUGAAGUUGAAGCGGUUGGGCAUCGGCUCGGGGAAGGUCCGGAACUCCUCGUGCGCACUCAUAUAAAAGAGGGCAUGGACGAUGGAUCCCAACUCCCCGGCAAUGCCUGAAGGGUAGAGCACCAAGAACCCCGAGUACCUCAGCCACAGCAUGGCCUUUGGGGCCCAGCCAUAGAGAUUGAGGGCGUAGAACGGGUAGCGAAUCAGCUCGGCGAGGGUCCACAUGGCGAUGGUGUGGAGGGUGACCCAGUAGGUGUGGGUGGAGGGGAUGAACUGGUAGAUGAUCCACACUAUGUGCAGCCGCGAGAGCACCUGCGCCAGAGUGGUCAUGACGGGCGACUUGACCAGCUGAAAGAGGGCGUGCACCACCUCCAGGACGGCGGCCGUCUGGGCUAUCUUCAGAGGCACCUCCGCCAUCCCCCAGAAGAGAUCAAUCCUCGACCAGCCGUUCUGCGCGAGAUGCAUGGCGCACACGACACCCACCCACAGCCACGCCGCAGCCACCGCCAUGUUGUAAGCGAACAGGUACGCCUUCAUCAUGCUGACUGAGUUUUGUCCAACUUGCGACUCAGAUCUGUUAGUCCAGGUGAGGUGACGGUGAACUUGACAGCCAGGGCACGAAGAGACCGCGUUAACGGGGAGAAAGAAGGGCCGA